CUUUCUGUCACUCCCCCAUAAUCGGACUGCAUGUCCACCGUAUUGCUUUUGUUUCUGGCUUUUCUUUCCUAUUCUGCUGCCAGGAGCCUGUGAUGGUCGCAAUAGAAACAUUGCCUGCUUUUGAGUUUCUUUAAUUACCACACCUAAUCCAAAAAUAAUCACCCAAUCUCACAUACAUCAUGGAGUCCCUACGUGGCCGCCGCAAGGCACCACCUGCCUCGCUGAACAUGAAGCAUACCGCUCGGUUCAACCCACCAUGGACGGCAGUGCACAACCGUCAAUCGAAUACGACCAACUUUGACGACACCGACUUUGAGUUUAGCGACUCGGAUACUGAAUCUCCACGGAUGAGCAUGGGAUCUUUUGGCUAUGACAGCAACUCAUCUCUUUCUACGCCGGACCUUCCCACGCCAGAUCACGCUCCUAAGGCGCCGUUCAACUUCAGACUAGACAACGGAGUAAAGGGACCUUCAGGGCCUCAUCUCUUCAGGUCUUCAAUUGGCUCUGCUGGUUCAGUGUCAUCAACCGAGAUCGACCUCUACUUCGAGAGAUCACCCGUGAACUCUCGCUUCCAGCAGUCCGACAGACAGACUCCAAGCUCCCAAUCUCAAUUUCUCCAGUCUGAUGGCGAGACCCUGAGCUCUGGGUCUUAUAUCAUCCAUUCCGACAACGAGACCCCCAGCUACAGAUCUGAGUUUUCCCACUCCCAAAGCGGGACUCCUAGCUACAGGUCUCAGUUUUCCCACUCCCAAAGCGGGACCCCUAGCUACAGAUCUCAGUACUUCCACUCUGCCAGCCAGACUCCAAGCUCCCGGUCUCAGUUUUCUCAAUCCCAAAGCGAGGCCCUGAGCAUGGGCUCUGAAUCCAUUCGGACCUAUUCUGAGACCCCAAGCUCCCGGUCCCAAUUCUCCCGUUCAGAGACCCAGACGCCGAGUACGAGAUCUCAAUUCGCCCAGUCCGAAUCCGGAACUACGACCAGUUCUCGAUACCAGUUCUCACCGCCCACCCCCAGAGCCUACUCGACCGUGUACCCUGAUGUUUCCCAAGUGGAAGAGAGUGAAAUCCGAGGCUGGGUGCCGAGUCAGGUGGCGCACUGGUUGCACAUCGCUGGGUACGAUGAAUUCGUUAUUGAUCAAUUCUUGAUCAAUGACAUUACUGGUACCGUCUUGCUCAAUCUGCAGGUCGAUGACCUCAAGGAGCUCGGGAUCAAAUCAUUUGGCAAGCGCCAUCAAUUGAUGUCUUCGAUCGAUCAUCUGCGCAAUACCAUGAUGAAGACACCCGCUGCCGAUGAGAAGCCCCAGGAAAACCGACGCUCCUACGCCAUGUCUGUCUCCCCAACGGGCGAAGUGCUCACCAAGUACGACGGCACCCAGAUCACACCCGCCGAGGCUGUGUCGAUUGUGGGCAUUGAGCAAGUUCUCCCCAAGCCGCACAGCUGCUCCAAGGGUGAAAACUGCCCCAAGUUUAGAAGACGCCAACGCCAGCUGGAGAGACUUGCGGCUGAGUUCCCCGGUGCCAAUCUCUUGUCAGGCACUUCCAUCUUCACUGGGAACCCUGGCAAUCCCGAGACGGCAAAGAACAUGCUGCGACCCAAGUCGGACGCCGAGCCUUCCAUCGUCGCGUCGUCGGAUGUUUUUGGUCCAUCCCAGACCACACCCCGGUUGAGCGAGGAUGUACUCAAUGAGGUGUCAAAGUUGGAUCCGCAAGAGAGCGUGCGACACUUUCUGAGCUACCAGCGUGUUGACCCUGCGAGCUCGUCUGAUGACGACGACUCAGACCCGUGCUCACCACCUCUACCACCACCGAAGCCGGAGCCGGUCCCUACUCUGUCGUCUCCCCCAACCAAGUACACGGAGCACAUGGCCGCGAACCUUCGCAGCCUUCCUAAAUUGAGGAUCCCCACAGAUUCGGAUGAAGAAGACGAGUUGACCACUGCCACCGUCACCACGGCUCAGCCGACCAUGUACGGCUCACCGACCACCACCCAAGAGCAUGGCCCCUUUACCUCCUCUCGGUACAUGCCUCAAGGAGGCAACUAUCGCCUGGGUACUCCCUUUUCAGAAAUGGACGUGCCCAUCACAGCGAUCCCUGACGACCCGAUCGCCCGUGACACGUCCCAGUCGGUUCCCCCAGACAUGCAAUACGGGAAUCUCAUGCACCUCCGAUACCAAGAGGGCAUCUCUCGCAGCGCAUCUACCCGCCCACGAGCCAACUCUGCGCUUCGCCCCGUCAACGAGGGUCGGCCGCUGACCCCAAUUGAUGGCCCGGAGGAUAUGAAGAAGAGAAGCCCUCGCAUCGGUUUCAACCCCAACCCCAACUCCACCAGCUCGGCGAUCGCUGCCGACCCUGACGUCACUCGAUGCGGCUGGAUGAAGAAACGCAAGCAGGCACGUUUCCUUCGCCACGAAUGGCAGGAUGCUCACUUCACCUUGCGCGGAACCAAUCUUGCCAUGCACAAGGACGAGCUUGCCGCUCUUCGUCACUCCAAGGCAUUGGAGACUAUCGACGUCGAUGACUAUGCCGUUGCCUGUUCGUCGCUGGCCACCAGCUCCAAGCUGACCGCUGCAUUCAAGAAGUCCAUUCUUCGCAACGGCCAGAACCCGAGCCAGGACGACGCUGCCUUUGCCUUCUCGCUCAUUCCCGCUACCAAGGAAAACGAGAAGAAGAUGCUGUUCGGAAACGGCAACAUCAAGAGCCACCACUUUGCCGUCAAGACCCGCGACGAACGCAUUGAUUGGAUGCGUGAGUUGAUGCUCUCCAAGGCCCUCCGUAAGGGCAAGGAGGGAGGUGCCGCAAUGCAAGUGAACGGCAACUUCAUCUAAUUUUUACAACUAUUCCUUCAUACCCUUUUGCCUUUCUCCUUUUUUCUUUUCUUUUUCUUUUUUUUUAUCACGCCAAACUCAAACCAUCUCUCAGAUUGUCUUGUCAGAUGCUGUGUACUCUAGUCCAGGAAACGAAUUUUCUUUGUCUUUCCCUUGCCAUUUGUGGUCUAUUACUGCAUUUUAACAGGACUGGUUGUUAUUUGGAUUGCAUCUGGAAUUCCCUUUGUCACGACCAAACGAACAAGACACAUCGCCGCAGGACGGCCAUGUGAGAUACCCCAAAGUACCUCUCUAUUUAUCAUUGUUUCUGUGGAUUGCUUUCUUUUCUCUAUACUAUGGGUCAGGUUGAAUAAUGCAUCGGAGUACUGGUCAGAAUUAAUGUACAGAAAAUAUAAAUAAUCCCGUUCUG